UAUUGUUGUCUCCGAUAGUAACUAACUUACUCUAUUUCAUGCCGCCAUGAGAUCCUUCCGUCUGGUCUUCAGAUCCUUUCAAUGACGCCUCGACUCCGUGGGCAGGCGUUCCCUUGGCCUGCACCAUGCCAGCCUAGAAUCGUGAUGCCAUCGUCCCCGACUCGUGCGUUGCUCCGCCAUUCCUCCAGCGUUUCCUCAUCCCCGCCGAAAAAGCGUAUCUUUGUCCGAGUCGCCGUCGUAACAGCCACAGCAGGAGCAAUUGGGGCUUAUAUCAGAUGGCAGCAAGACUCCAAGAAUUCCACGCUGAAUCCAUUCUCCUUCACUGAGUACGAACUCGUCUCUCGGGAACCCAUCUCCUCCACAAGCAGCUUAUUUACGCUACGACCAGUCAAGCCAGGUCAGAAUCGAGAGGUGUAUGAGACAGCAUGGCGAACAGGAGUAUGGAGUGUCAUGUUUAAGCAACCUCAGUUGCAGAUCGGGAGGGAUUAUACACCGUUGCCCCCAAUAGAGCAGGUGUCGGGGGCUCUGGAAAAUACGUCUGGGGGCGAUCAAGAACCCUUACGGUUUCUCAUCCGCAGAGACCCCCAUGGGGAGGUUUCGCGUUACCUUCACGGCCUCAACCUAGGGACUACGGUCGAGAUGCGAGGGCCGCAGAUUGAGUGCGAGAUCCCGCCUGAUGUCAAGGAUAUCCUUUUCAUCGCUGGUGGAACCGGAAUCGCUCCGGCCCUGCAAGCAGCAUACACGCUCCUACGUCGUGAUAAUGGAUCUGCCGAUUCACGGAUCCAUAUCCUCUGGGCAAGCAGGAAGAGAGAAGACUGUCUGGGUGGUUCUAAUGAUAGUCAUCCAAACACGACCGAAGAACCGUGGUGGCGGAAGCUCUUUCGUUCUACACCAGCUACUGCACCAGAAGACCCUUCGAAGGGCCUCAUUGUGAAGGAGCUGGAAACUCUGAAGUCGCAGUUUCCGGGUCAGGUCACUGUCGACUAUUUUGUCGAUGAAGAGAGAUCCAUGAUUGACAAGCAAUCGAUCUCAAGGUUCACGAAAUCGAGAGACGGUCGCACUCACGGAGGCAAGUUAAUCCUUGUCUCUGGGCCAGAUGGGUUCAUCAGCUACAUGGCUGGUCCGAAGCUGUGGGCCGAAGGAAGGGAACUUCAAGGCCCACUGCAAGGAAUUAUCAAAGAACUGGAUCUCAAAGAAUGGAACGUUUGGAAACUAUGA